CGCCGAGCCGGCGGGUUGGGUAGCUGUCGGCCAGGAAAUGGCGGCUGCGGGCUUGGUCGCUGUGUCCACAGCUGCAGAGCAUUCUGGCCCCGUAGCGUCGGGAGGCAGCCUCUCUGGUGUUAACUGCGGCCCAAGCGCCGGGACAGGUCCCGGUCCUGGCCCGGGCUCGUGGAGCCGUUCCCUCGAUCGAGCGCUGGAGGAGGCGGCGAUAACCGGGGUGCUGAUCCUGAGCGGCCGGAAACUGAGGGAGUUUCCCCGGGGAGCGGCCAACCACGACCUGACGGACACCACCCGGGCGGAUCUGUCACGAAAUCGCCUCUCAGAAAUUCCCAUAGAAACAUGUCAUUUUGUUUCUCUUGAGAAUCUCAAUUUAUACCAAAAUUGUAUUCGGUAUAUACCAGAGGCAAUUCUAAACCUACAAGCUCUAACAUUCUUAAAUAUUAGUCGGAACCAACUGUCAACACUGCCAGUACAUUUGUGCAAUUUACCAUUGAAAGUCUUAAUUGCUAGUAAUAACAAAUUGGUCUCACUUCCAGAAGAAAUUGGACAUCUCAGACAUUUAACAGAACUUGACGUGAGCUGCAAUGAAAUUCAAACAAUACCUUCUCAAAUUGGUAAUUUGGAGGCCUUGAGAGACCUCAACCUCAGAAGAAAUCACUUAGUACGUUUGCCAGAAGAGCUGGCAGAGUUGCCUUUGAUACGGUUAGACUUCUCCUGUAAUAAAAUUACAACAAUCCCUGUUUGUUAUCGGAACCUCAAACACCUACAGAUGAUUGCCCUAGAUAACAAUCCAUUACAGUCUCCUCCUGCACAGAUAUGCAUAAAAGGCAAAAUUCACAUAUUUAAGUACCUGAACAUACAAGCUUGUAAGAUUGCUCCAGAUCUGCCAGAUUAUGAUAGGAGACCCUUGGGUUUUGGCUCCUGCCAUGAAGAACUAUACUCAGGUCGCCCUUAUGGAGCCCUUGAUUCAGGUUUCAAUAGUGUUGACAGUGGUGAUAAGAGAUGGUCGGGGAAUGAACCUACAGAUGAAUUUUCAGAUCUGCCUCUUCGAGUAGCAGAAAUUACUAAAGAACAAAGACUACGAAGAGAAAACCAGUACCAAGAGAAUCGCAGCAGUGUAGUAGUAGCAAAUGGAGAUGUGUGUGUGAUGUGGACAGUGGAACACGAUCUGGAUCAAAUUGACUACAUUGACAGCUGUACUGCAGAGGAAGAAGAGGAUGAGGUGAGGCAACCCAAGGGCCUGGACUCAGACAGCCUCAGUUCACAGUUUAUGGCAUAUAUUGAACAACGGCGAAUCUCUCAUGAGAGUUCACCAAUAAAACCAGUACCCAUGAGGGAGUUUCAAAAAACAGAAGACAUAAAAAGAUAUUCACAUCAAAACAGGGUUCCAGUUGGGCCAUCUUCUUCACUGUUACCAAGUCACAAUCAGCUAUCACAUACAGACUUAGAACUUCCUCAGAGAAGAGAACAAUUAGUAGAGCGCACUAGGAGAGAGGCACAGCUUGCUGCCCUACAGUAUGAGGAGGAGAAAAUAAGGACCAAGCAGAUUCAGAGAGAUGCUGUCCUGGACUUUGUCAAACAGAAAACAUCACACAGUCCACAAAAACAGCAACACCCCUUAGAUGGUGAGUGUCCCUUCCCAUCCAGAAGGUCUCAACACACUGAUGAUAGUGCCUUGUUAGUGUUGCUGUCAGGGUUGAAGCAAGUGGGCUAUGCUGGUACCCUGCCUCACUCUUCUGCCUUCACACCUCUUAAGAAUGAUGACAGACCUAAUGCUGUAUCAAGUUCACCUACAACAGAAACAGUUCAUCAUUCUCCUGCAUAUUCUUUUCCUGCUGCUACCCAGAGAAACCAGCCCCAGCGCCCUGAAAGCUUCCUUUUCCGAGCAGGUGUCAGGGCAGAAACAAAUAAAGGUCAUGGUUCAACCCUUCUUUCAUCUUCUGAACCUACCACUGAUUCUACAGAUCCCAUAACAAGACAGAAUACAAGGCAGAGAGAAGAAGAACUGGAAUCAAUAGAUCAGCUACGGAAACAUAUUGAGUACCGUUUGAAAGUAUCUCUGCCUUGUGAUCUUGGAGCAGCUCUAACCGAUGGUGUUGUUCUUUGCCAUUUGGCCAAUCAUGUGUGGCCUCGAUCUGUCCCAAGUAUUCACGUUCCCUCACCAGCUGUACCUAAAUUGUCAAUAGCAAAAUGCAGGCGAAAUGUGGAGAAUUUCCUAGAAGCUUGCAGAAAAAUUGGUGUGCCUCAGGACAAUCUUUGUUCCCCUUCUGACAUCCUUCAGCUAAACCUCAGCGUUAAAAGAACGGAGCAAUUAUGUUUGCCUCUCCACAUUUUAGAAGAGAAAGGUUUGAGCCAGGUUGCAGUGACGGUCCAGGCUCUCCUGGCACUCGCCCCACCCAAGCAGCAGCAGCACCAGUUAUCUGCUGUUUAAGGACUCCCAGCACUCCGGGUAUUGCCUGGCCAAAACGGAACAGGACAACACCAUCACGCUGCCAGCCAUCUGCUUAAACAGAGCUCUAACAUGUUCUUAAAAGGGACUGUUUCCAUGAUUCCUAACAGGAAUAUUUUGCUUCAUUUCUCCAUUUUAGGGGAGGUUAUAUCCAUUUCCAUUGAAUUGUUUUUGAAGACCCGGUUGGUUUUCACAAAUGAAACGUAAUCCUGUCAUUGCUGAGAACCAACACUGACGCCUAACCUGGCUGUGCUUUCCUGGAGCGAAGGGUUUCCCCGCACACCAGAGAGCUCAGAGGAUAGUUCGCUCUCCUGAAGGCACAGACAGGCUGUUACCUUACCUGUUCCCAAGACGUCUAGCGCACUGGUUUCUAAAUGUGGUUGUUCAGUAGAGUCUCCUGGAGCAUUUGUUAACAUACAGGUCCUAUUCAGUAGAGUCUAGUACGGCCUGGGUAUUUGCAUUUUCAACAAACAUUCCAGGUAUUUCAUGUAAUAGAGACAACCGUUCCAAGCUAGAUAUUUGUAUGAUUGGGGGAAGUAAUGACUCCACUGUUUUUCAGCCACAUUUAAAAUCAAAAGCUAUAUGAUGACUACUUGGACUUUUUGUCCAAGGCAAAACAAAAAUAUGUACAAGGCCUAGAUUUUGUAUAGUAAAACAAUGGAACAAAGUUGUAUUUAAGGCCAGUGUCCUAGGCCCUGGACUGUUCCAAAUCCUCAGGCCAGUAACCUGCGCUACGCAGCAUUUGCUUUGACUUCCUUGAGCCCCCCCCCCCCCCCUUCAGCCCCCAUGCUGCGCCCAGAAUACCUGGGCCUGCCAACACCUUCCAGUCACAGCAGUACACUUCCAGCUCCCCGGCUAACGGAAGACCAUGAAAACAAAGCAGAAGGAAUAAGGGAACAGCCAAGAGUCUUCUCUUUCUUUCAGGUAACUGUCAGUUCCAGUGGCUGAACUAAAGCGCUUGCGGCAUCUUAAAAACAGCUGGCUGCCUUUUCAUCCCACUCCGCCACUAGUGCCUGUUCCCCCAAUUGUGUGGAAUGGAAGGGCCCGAGGUCUCUGCAGCACAAAGCCAGGGGCCGCUAUCUAAGCCUCUGGAGGGAGUUUAACCCUCCUGAGUCUUUCUUCCUCUAUAUUUUGAACCCUUUUUAGUUGUCGGUGGUAUGUUUUGGUCACUGUCUUUAUAAACCAAGUAAAUAGCAUAAGUGAAAAUACUAAUUAUCUAGGUUUUUUUUUCUGUUGUUGACUGUUCUGGGUUUUCUUUACCAAUGCAUGCAUUUGAGCAUAAUGUUCUCACUCUUUUUAUCAUGUAAACGCAGCACCUAAAAGUAACUUUGGAUAAAAUAAUGUUUAGUAUCUGAUAAAUCAGUGUUUUCUACUGUUCUCAUAAGGAAACAAGUUCAUCAGAACAUUACCACUAGUCCUAGUUUAAAAUUAUAUAACACAGAUCAUCUGCACUCAAAGCCCAAUGCUUAGGGUCCUCACAGAACAAAAGUAAAAUGUCUCUUAAGUGCUUAGAGCCAGACCCAUUAACAGUUCCAAACACACCCACCAAUCAUGUGACUUGUUUAGAAUUUAGUUACAUGUAUU